AUGUCCCUCCCCAAAGAAGCCUACCUGAGUAACACGUGGAAGGAUGGCCUGUUCACAAACAAGGUCGUCUUCUGUACGGGAGGCGCAGGAACCAUUUGCAGCGCGCAGGUUCGUGCUCUGGUUCAUCUAGGUGCCAAUGCUUGCAUUAUUGGCCGAAAUGUCGAAAAAACCGAGAAAGCAGCCCAGGACAUUGCAACUGCCCGUCCGGGUGCUAAGGUCAUCGGCAUUGGUGCAGUGGAUGUACGAAAGUUGGACAGUCUUCAAGCUGCAGCAGAUCGCUGUGCUCAGGAGCUGGGUGGUAUUGACUAUGUCAUUGCUGGGGCGGCCGGAAACUUUCUAGCCUCGAUCAACCAGCUCUCGGCGAAUGCUUUCAAAUCGGUCAUCGACAUUGACGUUCUGGGAUCCUACAACACCCUCAAAGCGACGAUCCCAUACCUUGUUGAGUCGGCGAAGAAGCACAGAAUGGACUCCGAAACUCUCAAACCCUCUGCAGCAGGAACUGGAGGACGUAUUAUAUUUGUUAGCGCCACUCUCCACUAUCGCACGGCACCUUUCCAGACGCACGUCUCAGUCGCCAAGGCAGGCGUGGAUGCGCUGUCUCACAGCGUGGCCAUCGAGUUUGGCCCUCUGGGCGUCACUUCUAAUAUCAUUGCGCCCGGACCCAUUGCUUCGACAGAGGGCCUAGAUCGUCUCCUUCCUAGUGAUACGAAGGACACUUACAUCAAGUCACAGCCGCUUGGCCGAGUCGGCUCAGUGCGCGACAUUGCAGAUGCCACGGUUUAUCUCUUUGCGGACACUGGCAGUUAUGUCAGUGGUCAAACUCUAGUGGUUGACGGCGCAUCCUGGCGGAUGUCAACCACUGGGGCAACAUCGGGUAAACUUGCGUAUCCCGAUUUCCUUCUUUCAGGGAACCCCGUCCCCAACGUCAAAGGCCAGAAGAAGUCUAAGCUGUAGAGGUCUGUCUUUCUUUCUGGGCACAGGAUAGACACUGUCUUGCUUUGCUAUCUCCCAUAGAGAAUACUCUUUGUUCCCCGGGUUGGUACAUAGUAUACUUUAGAUAAAGAAGUCUUGAAGAAGGGAACAAAGGCACAGUGUGCUCCAACUCUGUACUUAGACUCCAUGUUUCAUUAGGACAUAUAAUAAAGAC